CAAGCUGAUUUGUUCUGAAAACCAUGACCUUUUCAACCUUUCAUUUCUACUGACUUUCCAAAAAUCUAUUAAUGUCUGACUUCAAUAAAGUGCACUUAUAUUGCCAUUAGUCAUCCCAGGUAAAGCAGUACAGGUAAUUGCUGUUUUUUGCAAUGGCAACUGUGUAACAAGAGUGAAGGAGCAUUACCUCAUAUCCAUUAAGAGUAAUAUGGAGCAAAAGGAGAAUUUUUAAACAGCAAUCUGGUAGUGGGCAUGUAGCACUCUCAUUAUCCGACUAGAGGGAUUUAAUAUAAAUCUCUGCACAAAACAACAACAAAUUGUAUUUAUAUAGCACCUUUAAUAUAAUGAAAUAUCUUGAGGUGCUUCACAAAGUGUUACAAAACAAAACUGAACACCAAGCCACACAGCAAUAUUAGGGAGUUGGCAAAAAGAUUCCUCAAAGAGGUAGAUUUUAUGCAAAAAAAACCCCAAAGCUUUGGUCCUAGGCAACUGAAGGCAUGGCUACCACUGGUGAAGCCUUUAAAUUCAGGGGUGUGCAAGGGGUCAGAAUCAAAAGAGGAGAUAUCUUGCAUCCUGGCACUGGAGGAUAUCACAAAUAGGGAAGACCAAGGACAUGGAAGGUCUUGAAAUCAAGCAUGAGAAUUUUAAACUUGAAGUGUUGCUUGACUGUGAGCCAGUGUAGAUCAGGAAGUACAGAGGUGGUGAGUAAAUGAACUGGGCACAAUUAAGAACAGGUCAACAGAGUUUUGGGUCAUGUUUACGGAGAGUAGAAUGUAGGAGGCCAGCCGAGAGUGUGUUGGUAUAGUUAAGAAUAACAAAGGCAUGCCUGAUGGUUUCAGCAGGAGAUGACUUGAGAUGGGGGUAAAGUAUAAUUAUUUUGCAGAGAUGGCAACAGGUAGUUUUAAUAAUUAUGUAUUAUAUGGUUGGGAAUUCAUUUCACUAAGGCCGCAAAAAAUUUGGUUCAACCUCAGAUAGUUGUCAGGCAGAAGAAUGGGGUCAGUUUCUGGGGAAGGAGGAUUGUAAUGGGAAGCCAAAGCCUUUGAGUUAGACAAACUAAUUGGUAAUAGUACUUAGGAGAUUCUUUACCUAUUAUAUGCUCAGGUACCUCAAUCUCCUCUUGCCUUAUGUUCGCUGACAAUUUCCAGGAAACCUGGCUAACCUGUCUAUUUGGAGUCAAAUUCCAAAAAUGCAGUUAAAAUGGCUGCUAAUUACCUUCUAACAUAUUUAUUUGGCAAUCUAUCUCACCCAUAGAAGUUACUUGUAUGUAGCAAAACGUACUAAAGUUGACAUUGAUGCAUUGCUGCCAUUUCCUGAUGUGUCUCAAUUUCAGGCUUUUUAACUAAUUUAUUGCUCCCAAAUCCACAUCCUUAGGUCAAAGAGCCUCUUUUAAUAACGGACACACAUUAAUUAAUGUUCAAACAGAUCAAUUCCAAAUCCAGAGUUCAUUAUUUUGUGCCAAAAUUAUAAUUUCUUCAAAACAACAUGUAUUUCUCAGUGAACAGUCCCUAAACCAUUGUGAUAGACUCAUCAAUUAACUGACCAUAAAGACAUCAAAGAUUAGACACAAUUAAUAUGAAACAAAGUUGACCUACUUGAUUUGGAAAAAUAAGACAAAUGGAUGUCAGAAGUUAUCCCUGAAAGGUUUUGAAAUAUCUUAGGAUGAAGUUGAAAAAGAUCCAUAGGUACCAUAUCUGACCAGAUAUAUUUUUAUCCUUCUUUUGGGGAAGUGGUGAUAGGACAUUUAGGCUGAUUAUCAGCCCUUGAAACAGCCCAUAAACUCUGGACAACAAGUCCUUGUGGAAUUAGACCUGGGGUUUCUGGCCCAGAGGUAGAGAUGCUAGCAGUGAGUGACAAAACUUCCUCCAGAAGUGCUGAUAGACUUUGUGGUUGUUUAGCAAAGAAUAACAAGGCAAACAGAAUUGUCAAACUAUAUAGUUCAACAAUAAAUGACCUUUUCUUCCUACCAAAAUGCACAAUCUCAUUGUUUUCUAGAUUAAAAUGAAUGAUGAUAUAAUCUGUUUUAGUUGGUAGAGGGAUAAACAUUACACUGAAUGGCAGGGGAUGCUUUUCAAACAUUGUUGUGCUUCAAUAAUGCCACUGGACCUCUUACAGCUCCUUGUUUUAAUGUUUUAUGGGAAAGAUGACGCCUCUAAAUGUAUAUCACUCUCUCAGUAGUGGACUGAAUGUCAACCUGGAAGUUGUGCACCAGUUUCUGAAGUGGUGCUUGAACGUGCAAUCUUUUGCCUCCAAGACCAGCACUGAGUCAAGGUUGCCAUGAAUAGUCUGUUAUUGAAUUUUAAAGAAACCUUAAGUGAGGUAGAUAUAAAUCCCACUCCCCCUUCAUUAGUGCUAGCGUCAUGUGUGACGCUAAAGUACAUCCAGGAGAUAUAAAACCCAGGGCUCUCUGCACAGUUUCCCAAAGCAGAAGCACUGUACAGUAACUAUUGGUUGGACAAAAAGUUUGUUUUCAUUUCUGACAGUUAUUUUGCUAACUACAAACACUGUUUAUAUGAGGUAGUUUCUUAGAUCAAAUCUUAGCAAGUACUUAUACACGUAAGAAAAGACCAAGAAGGAGUGCAUUGUUAAUAAAUGCAAGCAGACUUAUGGCUAGAAAUUGACUGCUUCUUCCAGUUAACUGUUGUAUGUUUACCUCCUAGGAUCAUGCUUAAAGCAGUGUUACUGUGCUACUGGAUUCUUCAGAUAGUUCAGAUCAUUCUCGCCUCUGAUCCCAGCAGAAUGGUGGAGCAUGAGCUGGAUUCCAGCUCAGUGCAGGAUGUGGUCUCCCACACCAACCUCGAUGUUUUGAGCAGAAUCAAGACCCCGCUGUCUGCCUCAGGCUCACUGGUCAGGCCUGGACUUGACAAAGCAGUGGACAUGGUUAAGCAGAAUUAUAUGCCAAAGAAAAUCAUGUUGGAUUCUGAGGUAAUAUCCAGCGCACUGGAGAAGGACAGAACAGAACGUUCACCCAGGAGAUGUGUCCGGCACUUGGAGUCCUGUUUUGGCCACACAUUGCCUUGCUGUGAUCCAUGUGCCGUUUGCUACUGCAGGUUUUUUAAUGCCAUUUGUUACUGCAGAAAAAUUGGUAACAGUUGUCACCAGGGCAAGAUUUAGUUCUGUGCAGUAGCGCCGUUUGCUAGAAUAUGUUUCUGUAAAGUAUAUAUGCACAAAUUUAUGUUGUAUUGUCUUUGGUGUGUAACUUGUAAUUGUACAAUUGAAAUAAACUUCCUACAUAUAUUUCA